AUGUCCUUCAAUUUCGAAUGGCCCGAAUUCAGUCCCGAGUUUUACGAAUCCGCCAAAGAGAUCCUAGCUCAGGUGUGUGAGCCGAGUGGGUGAUCGUGAUGUGAUGCGUUCGUUACUCACCUUCUCUCUCUCUCAUCAUCGCGGUCCGGGUGACCGAUCGAUCUCUCACAGGCACUGAACAAGGGCGAAACCCCGCCGAUCAUCGCCGAUAGGAUCGAGGUCAAGGAAUUGAACAUGGGCACCCUCGUACGCCUUAUAGACGCAACUCGGGGGUUCAUCACGAAGCUGUAUCUGACCAAAACGCUUUACGCAACUUUUUCAUACAGCCCCCCGAACUGGAGAUUCUGGAGAUUGGGGACCUCUCGACCGAUCGUUUCAGAGGCAUCUUUCGUUUGAGUUACUCCGGCGAUGCGUACAUCGUCUUGCAAACCAAGGUCCAGGUCAGUUUUGGAGCGCAGAACAAAAGGCAAAGUAAACCCAGAAAAAUAACUUUUUGACUAAUUCUCGCACACUCCUCCGGUCGACAAAAGGCGAACCCACUCAACGUCCCCCGUCCCGCGCUCGACAUCCUCGGCACCCCUCGCAUCCUCUUCGCCGCCGCUCCGCUCGUCGUUCCGAUGACCUUGCGCCUCUCGAACCUCUCCCUCCGAGCGAUCGUCGUCCUCGUCGUCUCGAGACAAAAAGGCAUCACCCUCGUCUUCAAGAACGACCCCCUCGAAGCGGUCAACGUUUCUUCCUCCUUCGACGGCGUCGAUUCCGUCGCCGGUUACAUCCAACGUGAGAUCGAGGCGCAACUUAGAGAAGCGUUUCGUUCGGAUUUACCGAGCGUGAUUCAUAGGUUAUCGCAAAAGUGGUUGUCCGGAGAGGUUAAAACUGCUGAGCGGGGAGCGGCGAUCCCUGGAUCCAAGAGGAGGGGAAUGUCGAAUGGGUUCAGCAAGGAAGCUACGAUCCAGACUCGAACGACGGUCGGUACGGGGGAGAAGAUGAGGACCAGGGCGCUGACGACGAGGUUGGGUGAUUUGAAUUUGGACGUCGAUAAGGCCGAGAGCGUAGAGUAUCGUUCGGACGGAGGCGCGACGACUUUUACGACGCUCGGAGGGAGAGAGACGCAUUCGGAGACGAGUAGAGGUUUCGAAGGCAAGCGCGAUCGAACGGCGGGUACGUCGAGGAGCAGGCCGAAAGCCCAUGCCAGAUCGAGUUCGUUCGCCCCUUCGUCAACGUCGAUCUUGGACGUGCUCGAUUCGGUGCCCGAGUCGAUCGAGAACUACGACCCGACCUACGGACUUCGACCCGAGUCGGCACCCCAAAACACCGGCUUUGCGAAUUAUGAACGCGUGGUUCGGACGGGCGCGAGUGGAAGAGGAUUGGGGGACGUGUUGGACGAGCAAGGGGAAGAGGACUCUGACUCGUUCGACUUUGAAUUCGUGGGGAUGCCCGAUCUCGACGGCGUCAGCGAUAAAAAGUGGGCAAGUGGGGGGUCGCAUCUCGAUCGACAUCACGGCUACGACGAUGAGGAAGACGACGGUCUCGAGUUUGACGAUUUCGAUCCCGACCACCCUCGACAUCGGUACGAGACGAUCCCUGCAGUCGGAGGCGGAACGAUCACUCGACCUCGCGUGUUUCACACCCAGUCGCAGAUGCGCACUCGAACGUAUAGUCAGGGCUCAUUAACGGCGCACGGGAGUCCCUCGACGACGGCCGCGACGACUCGAGCUCGAUUGGGGCGCGUCUCGACCGAAUCGAUCGCGAGUGAUCCGUUCGGUUCGCCACCUGAUCAUCCGUCUCAUCGAGCUGGCGUGUUGGACACCUUGCGACUUUAUGGAGCGGGCACGGCUUCGAUCGCGGGCGCAUCUUCGGCUCGGUUCCCGUUUCCGAAAUUGUCUUCGUCAACGUCGGCCGCGAAGCGAAAGCAGGUGCAUCCUUCGUUGCCGAGGUCGUCGUCGGCUCCGAAUGUGAGGAGGAACGUGUUCGAGGCGCAUCGAUCAGCAUUGUCGUCGCAGCUUUCGAUGAGUGGGAUGGCGACGCGCGGACCUUCGUCCGUCGGUUCGGGAUACUCGUCGCCGCCUUCUUCCAUCACGUCGCCAAUCAUGAUCGGGGAGGGACCCGAUGAAGAGGAGGAAGAAGCGCUCGUGUACCCGCCUACUCGACCCACGCCGAUCGAUCUGCUGUCGUGUUCGCCUUCGUCGAUCCUCCACGAUUCGUACGACGACGAUCUACCGAUCACGCUCAACCCCGCCAACAAUGAGCAGUGCGGUCAUUUGACGACGCUGAAUCAUUCGAAUUACACGCUCUCGCCGUUUACGAGGAACCACGAGCACUUUACGGCACGAUCGACGCCGUAUGGGAAUGUGCGAGUCAAGGCUGAAGUGGGGCACGUUGCGAGCUUGGGCGAGGAUGGAGCCAAGUCGAUGAUCCCGAUUGGGAUUUCGAGGGAACCGAAUUCGGGUGCACCGAUCAAGGCCAAGCGCAAGAGGGUGCAUCGGAUCGGAGCUGCGGCAGCGGUUAGGCCUGAACGGUCCAUCUCGAGCGGGAUCUCGUCCGGUGCGGGAUCGACCGAAUCUUGGGCGAGGUCGAGGGUCUCGCCGCCGAUGAUGGGGCAGAGGGGGAUCAGAUCGUUGAAUGGGUCCGUGAGUGGGAAGAGGUGGGGUGGGGAUGGGAUGAUGAUGCCUGGGUUGGGGAGUAGCGUGGGGAGAAUGAGGGUUGGCCGCGCACCGUCGGAAUUGAGCGAUUACUUCCCCAGCAUGUCCGACUUGGGGAGGAGGAGUGGAGCGGUGAGGAGGUGA